GAAGGAGCUGUGGGAAGCUCGCAGCGGGUAUCGGAGCUGAAGCCAGUGGAUUUGGGGGCCCUGGGCUCUCCAGUCGGCUGUGGUGAGCAUGGAGUGGGCAGGAAAGCACAGGGACUUUGAGGGCUCUGGGUCUGCAGAGAGCCGAAAUGACCAUGACUGCCAACAGGAAUUCCAGCAUCACCCACGGAGCCGGAGGCACUAAGGCCCCUCGGGGGACUCUGACCAGGUCUCAGUCAGUCUCUCCACCUCCAGUUCUUCCCCCACCAAGGAGUCCCAUCUAUCCGCUCAGUGAUAGUGAAACCUCAGCCUGCAAGUACCCCAGCCACACCAGCUCCCGGGUGCUCCUCAAGGACUGGCACCCCUACACUCUUUCACCCCGGAAUCCUCAAGAUCCCUCCCCAGAUACUUCCCCAGCCACCUGUCCCCUCAAGACUGCCAGCUUCAGUUAUUUGGACAGAAGCUCUUCAGCGUGCAAGAGAGAAGCCCAGAAGGAGAAUGCGCAAGGUGCAGCCCAGGAUGUAGCGGGGGUAGCUGCCUGCCUCCCCCUUGCCCAGAGCACGCCAUUCCCGGGGCCAGCGGCCAGCCCACGGGGCGUCUUGCUGACCCGUGCCAGCACCCGUGCCCACAGCCUGGGUAUCCGGGAGAAGAUCUCAGCAUGGGAAGGUCGCCGAGAGGCAUCGCCCAGGGUGAGCAUGUGCGGAGAGAUGCAGGAGGGCUCUGGGGGCGAGUGGGCGGCCAGUGAGGGCUGCCCCAGCCUGGGCUGUCCCAGCGUGGUGCCGUCCCCCUGCAGCUCAGAAACCUUUGAUUUCAAGAGCCUCCGGAGGAUGAGCAGGACCUUCUCUGAGUGUUUCUACCCAGAGACUGAGGAGGAAGGAGAGGCGCUCCCUGUCCGGGACUCUUUCUACCGGCUGGAGAAGCGGCUGGGCCGGAGUGAGGCCAGCGCCUUCCUCAGGGGGCAUGGCAGCAGGAAGGAGAGCUCAGCAGUGCUGAGCCGGAUCCAGAAAAUUGAACAGGCCCUGAAGGAGCAGCCAGGCCGGGGGCUCCCCCAGCUCCCCAGCAGCUGCUACAGCGUGGACGGGGGAAAAAGGGAGACUGGAACCUUGGGCCCUUUGGAGGAGCCGGCAGGGGGCGCGAGUGUGGCUGGCAGCCAGGCAGCAGGAGUGGCUGGAGUUGGGGGGGAGGUGGGCCCACUCCCAGAGAGGGAAGGCAGUGGUUCCACCAGGCCCGGAACCCCUGGAAAUAGUCCUAGCUCCCAGCAACUGCCAUCGAAGAGUUCCCCUGAUCCUGCUGUGAACCCUGUCCCCAAACCCAAGCGCACCUUUGAAUAUGAGGCUGACAAGAACCCCAAGAGUAAGCCCAGCAAUGGUCUACCUCCUUCGCCCACACCUGCUGCUCCACCCCCCUUGCCCUCCACCCCAGCCCCACCGGUCACCUCGAGACCCAAGAAGGACAUUCGUGGACACCGCAAGUCCCAGAGCAGAAAAGCCUUCGAGUUUGAGGAUGCCUCCAGUCUGCAGUCCCUGUGCCCCUCUUCUCCCACUGAGAAUGGUACUGAGAACCAACCCAAGUUUGGAUCCAAAAGCACUUUAGAAGAAAAUGCAUAUGAAGAUGUUGUGGGAGAUCUGCCCAAGGAGAAUCCAUAUGAGGAUGUGGACUGAAAGAGCCGAAGAGCAGGACGAAAAUCCCAGCAACUGUCUGAGAACUCCUUGGACUCUCUGCACAGGAUGUGGAGUCCUCAGGACAGGAAGGACAACAGCCCACCCACACAGCUUUCCCUGAAACCCAACAGCCAGUCCCUGCGCAGUGGGAACUGGUCAGAAAGGAAGAGCCACCGGCUGCCACGAUUACCCAAGCGGCACAGCCAUGACGACAUGCUCCUGCUGGCUCAGCUGAGCCUGCCGUCCUCACCCUCCAGCCUCAACGAAGACAGUCUCAGCACCACCAGUGAGCUGCUGUCCAGCCGCCGGGCCCGCCGCAUUCCCCAGCUUGUCCAAAGAAUAAACUCCAUCUACAAUGCCAAGAGAGGAAAGAAGAGGUUAAAAAAGUUGACUAUGUCCAGCACUGAGACAGCAUCACUGAGAGAUGAAAACAGUGACAGCGAGAGCGACUCUGAUGACAGGUUCAAAGCCCACACACAGCGCCUCGUCCACAUCCAGUCCAUGCUGAAGUGCGCACCCAGCUGUCGCACGCUGGAGCUGGAGCUGCUGGAGUGGCAGGAGCGAGAGCUUUUCGAGUACUUUGUGGUGGUGUCCCUCAAGAAGAAGCCAUCGCGAAACACCUACCUCCCCGAAGUCUCCUACCAGUUUCCAAAGCUGGACCGACCUACCAAGCAGAUGCGAGAGGCAGAGGAAAGGCUCAAAGCCAUUCCCCAGUUUUGUUUCCCUGAUGCCAAGGACUGGCUCCCUGUGUCAGAGUAUAGCAGCGAGACCUUUUCUUUCAUGCUGACUGGGGAAGAUGGCAGCAGACGCUUUGGCUACUGCAGGCGCUUACUGCCAAGUGGGAAAGGGCCCCGGUUGCCAGAGGUGUACUGUGUCAUCAGCCGCCUUGGCUGCUUCGGCUUGUUUUCCAAGGUCCUAGACGAGGUGGAGCGCCACCGUGGGAUCUCCGCCGCAUUGGUCUAUCCUUUCAUGAGAAGUCUCAUGGAGUCGCCCUUCCCAGCCCCUGGGAAGACCAUCAAAGUGAAGACAUUCCUGCCAGGUGCUGGCAAUGAGGCGCUGAUGGUGAAUCUGGGAUCUGACCGAUUCAUCCGACAGAUGGAUGACGAGGACACGUUGUUACCUAGGAAGUUACAGGCGGCUCUGGAGCAGGCUCUGGAGAGGAAGAAUGAGCUGAUCUCCCAGGACUCUGACAGUGACUCCGACGAUGAAUGUAAUACCCUCAAUGGGCUGGUGUCAGAGGUGUUUAUCCGGUUCUUUGUGGAGACCGUUGGGCACUACUCCCCUUUUCUGACACAGAGUGAGAAGGGGGAGAGGGCCUUUCAGCUAGAGGCUUUCCGCAAAUCUGUGGCCUCCAAAAGCAUCCGCCGCUGUCUUGAGGUUUUUAUGGAGUCUCAGAUGUUUGCUGGCUUCAUCCAAGACAGGGAGCAGAAGUGUCGGGCAAAGGGCCUUUUUGAGCAGCGAGUGGAGCAGUACUUAGAGGAACUCCCAGACACUGAGCAGAGUGGAAUGAAUAAGUUUCUCUGAGGUUUGGGCAACAAAAUGAAGUUCCUCCACAAGAAGAAUUAAGCCCCCUUCUCAGUAGGCAGAGUCCAGUGCCUUGCAGAGCCUGAAGCCUAGGGAGACGGCCUAGCCCGGGACCCUCUGGGCUGCUAUGGCUGCUCCGCCCCCACAGAUCCCAUCCUCCAAGCCAGCCCACCUCUGCCUUCA